CAUUGGCGAGUUCGUGAUGACCCGACCCUCGAUUCAGAUUCCGCCCAGGGGCAAGAUCUACUCUGCCAACACCGGCAACAUCGGAGAAUGGGACCAGCCCAUGCGCGAGUACAUCCAGACUAUCCGAGCUGGAAAAGGCGAGACUGACACGCCCUACUCCUUGCGUUACAUCGGUUCCAUGGUCGGAGACAUCCACCGAACCCUUCUUUACGGUGGCAUUUUUGCGUACCCUGCGGACAACAAAAAUCAGGACGGCAAGCUGCGACUGCUCUACGAGGGCGCCCCUAUGUCCUUCAUCAUGGAGCAGGCUGGUGGCAAGGCAAUUACGGGACACAGCCGGGUUCUGGACAUUCCCCCUGUCGGGGUUCACCAGCGCGUGCCGGUGAUUUUGGGAUCUGCAGAGGAUGUCGAAGAGUGCAAGAAGUUCUUCGACGAGAGCAACGAUCCAGCUUUGAAGGAGCGAUGCGAGAAACGCUUGCAGGGCCUCGCUGCAUGAGUUCCCUCCCGGCGUGGCAUCUCCGCUGUCCCACUGGUGGUAGCAUCCAUAGCUCUGAUAUUAG